AUUUCUUGUGCUGUUUCGUUCUGAUUGGAGCCAAAGUUCUUCACCAGAGUUUUCCAUAACUGAAUACACAUACAAUUUUAUAACUUACAUGUACGCAUCUCGUCGCCUCUAUACACAAACCUGAUUUUUCAUCUGAUGGAUCCUUCUAUAAUGAAGUUCCUCGAAGAAGACGAGGAUGAAACAAUGCAUUCAGGGGCAGACGUUGAGGCGUUCACUGCUGAUAUUGAAGGGGACAAUACUUCAACAUCUCAGACUCCCACUACUACAGAUGCAGGCGGAGCUUUAUCUCAAGGAACGAAUCAUACUCCAAGCCAGUUGUUUCAACAGUAGCAAUCUGCCAACCGUGAAGGAAACACCAGUUACUCUAACGAAGAGGAAGUUAAGCCACAGAUACAUGAGCAGCAAUCAUCUGCCAUGGAAGCAAAUCGACAUGGAUCUGGUUCUGGUUCUGAAACCCAACAUCCACCAAAUGAUACUUCACGAGAAAUGA